AUGCUCAUCAGGAAUGUUGUUCUUUUGUUCUCUUUGUUCGUCCUGGCGGUGGAAGGAGACUCUAACGAUGCAGGAAUACAAGCCAUGUUGCCAGAUAAAGACUCAUUGUCGGAUGACGCUCCAACAGAGAGUAUGAACAUUGUUUCUUCUGAUCAGCCUGAUGAAUCUCAGUUUUACGGAGGAGGACCAUCAGACGCCAGCAGCUCCAGUUCAGAGGUCGCAGACACUUCAGUAACUAAUCAGAUGACAGCACCUGAGCCGGUUGUAGCUGCUGCAACCAGUGUGGAGGAAGAGGAAGAAAAUGAGAGUACCGACUCUGAAGAGGGAGGAAAGAAAAAAUUCAGUUCCCGCUCAGCUAAAGUUCAGAACUCCGCCCACAUUCAGCAAAACCACGCCCACAUUGUUCAAAUCCCCGCCCUCCCACCACACCCUUUAAUCCCUCAGCCCAAAACUUUGGUCCGAAACCGGGCGUCCAAGCGACGAUCCAGAACCAACCGCCGCCAGAUAUAAAACCCAUGAACACACAAACAUGUAAUCUAACACACACUAACACACACACACACAUAUUGGAUCACAGGAAGACCCACGACCUUUCACCUUAAAUAUCACGAUAUGACUGAUGUUACUCUUUUCCAUCUUCAACAGGAAAUAUUGGUCAGUUAUCUCCGAAAUAAACCCGAGCUGUGACACCGUGAGA